AACUACCAAUUUGUAACUGCGCGACGACAUUAGACCAGACUAGUAUCGGAGAGACGACGGACUAAAAGCUAGGACAGAAGAAAUAAAAUAUAAUACAAUAUAAUAUAUAAAAAAAUAAUGAUCAAACAAAUAAAUAUUUAAUUAAUAUUAUCAUAGUAAUUACGUUAAGACAAUCGCCAUCGUCGUAUUUUUCGUGAUAUUGUUAUUAUUAUUUAUUAUUAUCAUAUCAUUAUUAUUAAUUUUCUUUGUUUUCGUUCUCAUACCAUCGGAACGUUCGAGUUUUGUUCUCUGUGCGCAAUUCUAAGUGGAUUCUCGUCGUCUGCUGCAACUUGAAGUGCGCCAACAGCAGUACAUGUCCGCAGUUGUUUUUUGGUGCUGCGAUCGAUGUCUGAUGUUCCGGACGUCGUCGUCCGCGUGACGGAACGUUUUCUUUCGGUGAUCGUUCGCUUAUAGUACAACGCGCGCGAUAAACCAAAAACAGAGUUCCGCCGUCCGUGUUCGUCCGCGUCGUCCUGAGGCGGUGUUCGCGUGAACGUUCGUUGCAUGCGAAAUGGGAGCGAAGGCCAGCACGGCCAACGGUGAUGACGGCGGUGCCAGUCAUGGCGACCACCGGUCGUUCUCUUCCGGCAAUGGGCCGGAUUCUGUGCAGACAGCCAGCAAUCCUGGGUUCAGCAUUCUGCGUUCCCUGCCCAGCGCUGUAGCUAACGAUAGACAGCGUGCCAGGUCUUUGUCCGGUGUGCCCAACGGUCACGACAACAACAGCAACUCGACGAGUCCACGGUUCGAUAUUACAGAUGUCUUGGAGGCUGACAGCAGCUCAAACGAUGACCAGAACUUGGACAGUCCUACAGUUACUGCUAAUAUUAGUCUUGGACGCGUUUAUUCGGCUCAUUCGUUACCUGCACAUAUUUGGCCAUUUAAUGGAAUUAAGUGUCCAGUAUGUUCAAAGUUUGUUUUACCAGACGAGAUAGAAGUACAUCUGGUUAUGUGCUUGACCAAACCUAGACUGAUUUACAACGAAGACGUUUUAAAAGAUGAUAAAGGUGAAUGUGUCAUAUGUCUGGAAGAACUGAUACAAGGCGAUACCAUAGCCAGGCUUCCUUGUCUUUGCGUAUACCACAAAACAUGUAUAGACCGGUGGUUCGAAGUGAACAGAUCGUGUCCUGAGCAUCCCGGAGAUUGAACCAUUUAUACACAGACUUCGAACAAAAUUUGAAAAAGGGAAUAUAAGAUAACAUAUAACAAAUAUUUGUUGCGCAGCUAUAUAUAUUAUAAAUAAUGAUUAUUAUGAUAAUAAUUAUUAAUAAUGAUUAUAUUAUGGUUAUUAAUUAUUUUAAUUUUUUUAACGACUACGAAAAGUUUGAAACAUUAAUACCGAACUAUAUACUAUUACCAUUUACCAUUAUCAAUAUUAAAAUAUAUACAUAUAAAUUAAUUUAAAAUUAUGUGCACGAAAAACAAAUAAAUAACGUCAAAAUUAUAUCUAUAAUAUGCUUUCAAUAUUUUGCUAUUCGGUUGUGUACAAAGGCUGAUAUUACCGUUAAUUGUCAGAUUUUGGUCGAUUUUUUUAUUUAUUGAUUAUGAAAAUGAUACUUUAACUUACAAAACCACUCUUAAAAUGUUAUUCUUGAUUGUGAGAUUUUUUUUCAUACAAAAUGUUUAUUUAUUGUUUAACGCUUUAUAAGAUGUAUAAAGUUGAGCAAUAUUCGGUUGAGAUAAAUUAUUAAAUAUAAUAAAAAAUAUUUUUUUUUUUAACUUUAUUUAUACUACAUAAUUAUAUAGUUGACGUGUUACAUAAUACAAAAAAACUGUACAUAUCAUUUUAUGUUUUUUUUUUGUUUUUUUAGAUUUGUUCUCUCAAUUUUUUAUCGGUACAUUUACAUGUCUUGAAGUAAAAAUUACUACUAAAUCAUAACAUAAAUGUUUUAACUUCUACCUUAACUUUUCUAUAUAGAUUGAGUUUUAAAUUAAUGUUUUGUAUAUUAUGUAAACUGAUCAUAAAUAAAAUUGUUAUUGUAUAUUUUAUAAAUGUUCCGAAUAAAUCAGCGAAUAUAUAUAUACAUAUAUAUAUAUAUAGCUAUUCCAGAGUUUUAAUAUUAUGUUUUAUAUUAUUUUUUCUGAUUUCAUAUUGUUGAUGGUCAGUAAAAUAUAUCAUUUAUUUUAAUUUUACUCAAUUGUAAGAAAAUUUAAAUAGACUUAAGCGUUUUGUCGUUAUUUUUAAUUUACAUACGGUGCAUUGUAACUUUGUUUUGUUUUGUUUUAUUAUUAUUUUUUUUUCAAAUUUUAUAACUGACAAGGAUAGUUUUUGUAACUUAGUCGGGGCUGCUCUUUUUACAAUUUAUUUAAGAUUCUCGUAUUAUUUAUGUAAAUUUGUUUUUAAACUUGAAGUAUGUUGUAUGAAAUAUGGUAUAACCAAUAAUAUGAAUAUAAUUAUAUAAAUGUUUAAAAAACCUCCAAUAUACAACAAUGAAAAUCUUUUGAUUGAUUUUAUCAAGUUGCAUUUACCCCCAGGCCUCUUAUGCCCAAUUGCCAUUUCAACAAUAUUGUUAUAGGUUGCACACACUUAGCUACAAUGGCUGGUAACUGAAAUGCUCUGUAAACCGCUAUUGUGCUACAAACUAUUUUCCCGCUUUAACUAUGCGUGCUCCAAGUCCAUCAUUUUUGAUAAAUUAUUACCUAUAUAUUUAUAAAUUGUAAAAAUCAUGAAAAAUAAUAAU